AUGGGCACAUGUAAUAUACAUAUUAUGCAUAAUGCUUUCUUAAAGGGAUUAGAUGUGAUUAGAAUGUCUGUUUCUGAAUUUAUUGUUAAUGUGUACUAUUUUUUCAACGGAUGGCCUAAACGCUGUGAAGAAUUUACAAAUAUUCAAAUAAAACUUGCAGUUACUCAACACAAAUUUAUUAAACAUUGUUCUUCAAGAUGGCUGACUUUAGGUAAAGCAGCUUUAAGAAUUAUUGAACAAUGGGAUUGUCUCAUUGAGUAUUUUACCAUUUUUAUUCCUAAGAAAUGUUCCAAUCUCAUGACUGCCUCAAAGUAUCAAGGUAUUGUUAAGCAAUUAAGAAAUUCUUUGUUUAAAGCUGAAAUAUAUUUUGUAAUUAAUAGUGCUUCAAUAUAUGAAAAUUUCAGUAUUUUAUUUCAAAGACAAGAACCUUUGAUUCAUGUGUUACAUGAUGAACUUAAAAAGCUAAUUCUCAUUAUUUCUGGACGUAUAUGCAAACAAAAUGUUUUAAUUAAAUGGUCUGGUGAUGAAUCUGUGUUUGAUAGUAACAAUUUGUUGACAAUACCUCAACUGCCUUCAGAAGUUUCAGAUUUAUUAAAUAAUAGUAAUACCAAAGAAAUUGAAAAAAAAAUAUUCAUAGAAAAUGUCAAAAAGCAUUAUAUAAAUGGAGCUCUACAUAUUUUGAAUAAAAGUUCUUAUGGUGUUUCACCAAAAAUUAAGUAUUUCAGAUGUUUACAGCCACCGGAAUUAAAAAAGAACGAAGUUGCUAUGAUAUUGGCAAAGUGGCUCAUUUUCUUCCUGUGA